UGUGUGUGUGUGUGUGUGUUGCAUGACCCCUCUUCAUUGAUCAUUAGCUAUUUUCUUGCUGGACUCUGGCAAAGAGACUCGGACUGUUGGUUAUGGAGGCAGGCAAGGAGCUGACGGGCACGUUGGCGUUGGCCGUGUUCACAGCGGCGCUGGGCUCGCUGCAGUACGGCUACAGCAUGGGCGUCAUCAACGCGCCGCAGAGGGUCAUCGAGCGUCACUACGGUCGCUCGCUGGGCGUGUCGUCCCCAGAGGUCACCAUCUUGUCUGCAAACAGCACGGCGGCCUUGGCUCCGGAGGACGAGUCCAGAACCCACCCGUCCGUGGUCAUGUACUGGUCUCUGUCCGUGGCCAUCUUCUCCGUGGGGGGCGUGGUGUCCUCCUUCCUGGUGGGCUUCGUGGGAGACGUGAGAGGCCGGGUGAAAGGCAUGCUGAUGACCAACGUCUUGGCCAUUGCUGCUGGACUCCUCAUGGGACUCUGCAAGGUGUGGCGGCCUCACCUCAUGGUCAUCGCCGGCCGCGCCGUCAUGGGCUUCUACUGCGGUUUGUCGUCCGGCCUGGUGCCCAUGUACAUCGGAGAGAUUGCACCCAAAGCUUACAGGGGCGCCUUGGGUACUCUUCACCAGCUGGCCAUCGUCAUUGGCAUCCUCAUCAGCCAGGUCAUAGGCUUGGACUUUGUCCUGGGCAAUGACGACAUGUGGCCCCUGCUGCUUGGUCUCUCCGGGGCCCCGGCUGUCCUGCAAUCCCUUCUUCUGCCGCUUUGCCCUGAGAGCCCGCGCUACCUUUACAUCGUGCUUGGCAAGAAGGAAGAGGCUCAGGAAUGUCUGCAUCGCCUGAAGGGGGCUUAUGACCCCUCCGCUGAUCUGGAGGAGAUGAGGAGAGAGAAGGAGGAAGUGGACAAGGAGCCUCGGGUCUCCAUCCUGUCUUUGAGCCGCUCCUCCGUGUACAGACGCCAGCUGUUUGUGGCCCUCAUGAUGCAUCUGUCUCAGCAGCUGUCUGGCAUAAACGCUAUCUUCUACUACUCCACAUCCAUCUUUGCUCAGGCGGGCAUCGCUCAGCCCGCCUACGCCACCAUCGGCGUGGGCGCCAUCAACACCGUCUUCACGCUGGUGUCCGUGGUGCUGGUGGACCGGGCCGGCAGGCGCACCCUGACCCUGGUGGGCCUGAGCGGCAUGUGCUGCUGCGCCGUCGCCAUGACGAUCGGCCUCAAACUCCAGGUGGAGUACUCCUGGAUGAGCUACUUCAGCAUGUCGGCCAUCUUCCUCUUUGUCAGCUUCUUCGAGAUGGGACCGGGUCCAAUCCCCUGGUUCAUUGUGGCCGAGCUCUUCAGUCAAGGUCCUCGGCCGGCGGCCAUGGCUCUGGCCGGCUGCUGCAACUGGACCAGCAACUUCCUGGUGGGCAUGAGCUUCUCCUACAUCCAGGCUUGGUUGGGCCCGUACGUCUUCAUCCUGUUUGCUGCUCUGCUGCUGGCCUUCACCAUCUUCACCUACCUGCACAUGCCCGAGACCAAGGGCAAGGCCUUCCAGGAGAUCGCCGCCAUAUUCCAAAAGGGGCGGGGAAAAGCCGAAGACCAGGUGGAAUUGCAGCGGCUCAAAGCGGCCUCGCACGCCUGAGCCUUUCUGUCCCUGCUGAUUGUUGCUUGCCAGGAAUUUAACUCCAUGCCAAAAAUAGGACUUUUAUGUUUACAGCGUAAUCGAUUAUUUACCAGUGCAGCCAGGCUUGCACACACUUUUUCCACUGAGGGCCACAGAGUGACAAAUCAAAAGAUGUGGAGGUCAUUUUUGUAGUUUUUACCUCAAAUUGACAAUAGAUGUAGUUUUAAAGUCAAAAAGCAGUGAAGUUGUCACGUUGUGUAAAGAAAAAGAGAAAAGAAUGAUUUGCAAAUCCUUUUCAACUUACCCUAUUUCCUUGAAUUGCCGCUGGGGCGCUAAUUAAUUUAAAACCUCUUCUCACUCCAGCACUUACCAAAGGCAUGCAGUAAAAAUUUGAGUGUGAUGUAAGGAUACCAUCAUGAAAAGCACAUUUAAUAAAAAAAACGUUAUUAUGGUCUUACCUUUACUUAUAAAUGAAGUCCAUGCGCAGCUCCUUCUGAUCAAAAGCAUCGAUAACUUGUUUAUAGAAGUCUUCCUUAUCUUUCUUCAGUUUUAAAAGUCUCUCUGUCUCGAUGGAGAUCUUCCUUUAUUACCUCCUGCUUCGAUUGAAAGUCCAGUUUAGAAAACUGGUAACAGACCACUGCUAUCAGUUAGCUCGGCUCCUCACGUGCGGGCGACAACAGAAUUAUCCUCGGACAACUCCCCCUCCCGUUCUGCUCCGUGGGUGAUCUCUUUAUCCCACCCCUGCCACCAGGAAGUGUUAUUGUAAUAAUAAUAAACUGGGUAUUUAGGACCCGGUUGUUUACACAGCCAGCAUAAGAGUAGUGAAGUGAAUUACAUUUAUAUAGCGCUUUUCUCUAGUGACUCAAAGCGCUUUACAUAGUUACACCCAAUAUCUAAGUAACAUAUUUAAACCAGUGUGGGUGUCACUGGGAGCAGGUGGGUAAAGUGUCUUGCCCAAGGACACAACGGCAGAGACUAGCAUGGCAGAAGCGGGGAUUGAACCUGCAACCCUCAUUCUACCAACCGAGUCAUACCGCCCAUAGUGCUGUAUUUUACUCUCUUAUCUUAUCCUAAAAGGUCCAUCCUGCACCCCCGAGUCGUAACAGUUCCCAGCACAUAUCACGUCACUCGUUGUCACUUCUUCUGCAGCCGAGUAGUCGCAAGAAGGAUCACUAGCGCCCUCUACCACCAGGAGGCGGGAGUCAUUUAAUGACUCAUAUUUGACACACGCAGCUACGGUAUUGUGACGGUCUCAAGCCGUUGUCUUGCGGGUUCCCAGGAGCACCAAGGAAGGACAUGGCUUGAGCAGUUUGACUUUGUUUAUUUUUCAAUAAAACCUCAGUCCAGGACACUCGCUUGCCCACGUUGCCUCCUCGCCGCCAUCUGUCGGAUUGACGGCUCCACCUGUCCGCAGCUAUAUUAAUAAAACAUUUCUCCUUACUGUUCUUUUUAGCAUAGCUUGGACCUUAAAUCCUUUUGAAUAGUUGAAUAGCUCAUAAUCUCGUUCAAAUUAGCGGUAUUGAAAUCAGCCUCCUCCAUUUUAAAAAUGAUGACAGGGGAACUGUCACGAGUUUGACCCGGCCGUAAUACUAAGCAGGCGCUAAUUAUUUUGCGAAACGGUUUGACGCGGCAGUAAUUCUAGGCAAGCACAUACUAUAAACCCGGCGGCAAUUCAAGGAAAUACGGUAUAUUCAAUGGAAUAGACUGCAAAGACAAGAUAUUUAACGUUGGAACUUGAAAAUGUUGUUAGUUUUUGCAAAUAUUAGCUCAUUUGGAAUUUGAUGCCUGUGACAUGUUUCAAAAAAGCUGGCACUAGUGGCAAAAAAGACUGGGAAAGUGGAGGAAUGCUCAUCAAACGCUUAUUUCGAACAUCCCAGAGGUGAACAGGGCUAAUCGGGAACAGGUGGGUGCCAUGAUUGGGUAUAAAAGAAGCUUCCGUGAAAUGGAACAAACAAGAACGGGGCGAGGGUCACCACUUUGUCAACAAAUGCGUGUCCGACAGUUUAAAAACAACGUUUCUCAACGAGCAAUUGCAAGGAAUUUAGGGAUUUCACCAAAAGUGCAGAGAAUCUGGAGAAAUCACUGCACGUAAGCGGCAAGGCUGAUAACCAACAUUGACUGCCCUUGACUUUCGAUCCCUCAGGGGGUACUGCAUCAAAAACCGACAUCGGUGUGUAAAGGAUAUCACCACAUGAGCUCAGGAACACUUCAGAAUACCACUGUCAGUGACUACGGUUGGUCGCUACAUCUGUAAGUGCAAGUCUUAACUCUUCUAUGCAAAGCAAAAGCCAUUUAUCAACAACACCCAGAAACACCGCUGGCUUCGCUGGGCCCGAGCUCAUCUAAGAUGGAUUGAUGCAAAGUGGAAAAGUGUUCUGUGGUCUGACGAGUCCACAUUUCAAAUUUUUUUGGGGAAAUUGUGGACGUGGAACAAAGACGAAAAGAACCGUCCGGAUUGUUUUAGGCGCCAAGUGUAAAAGCCAGCAUGUGUGAUGGUAUGGGGGUGUAUUAGUGCACAACUGCGUGAGCAAAUAGUCAAACAGUUUAAGAACAACGUUUCUCAAAGUGCAAUUGCAAGAAAUUUAGGGAUUUCAACAUCUACGCUCCAUAAUAUCAUCAAAAGGUUCAGAGAAUCUGGAGAAAUCACUCCACGUAAGCGGCAUGGCCGGAAACCAACAUUGAAUGACCGUGACCUUCCAUCCCUCGGAAGGCACUGUAUCAAAAACCGACAUCAAUCUCUAAAGGAUAUCACCACAUGGGCCCAGGAACACUUCAGAAAACCACUGUCACUAAAUACAGUUGGUCGCUACAUCUGUAAGUGCAAGUUAAAGCUCUACUAUGCAAAGCGAAAGCCAUUUAUCAACAACAUCCAGAAACGCCGCCGGCUUCUCUCGGCCUGAAGUCAUCUAAGAUGGACUGAUGCAAAGUGGAAAAGUGUUCUGUGCUCUGAUGAGUCCACAUUUCAAAUUGUUUUUGGAAAUAUUCAACAUCGUGUCAUCCGGACCAAAGGGGAAGCGAACCAUCCAGACUGUUAUUGACGCAAAGUGUAAAAGCCAGCAUGUGUGAUGGUAUGGGGGUGCAUUAGUGCCCAAGGCAUGGGUAACUUACACAUCUGUGAAGGCACCAUUAAUGCUGAAAGGUACAUACAGGUUUUGGAACAACAUAUGUUGUCAUCCAAGCAACGUUAUCAAGGACGCCCCUGCUUAUUUCAGCAAGACAAGUGUUACAACAGCGUGGCUUCGUAAACAAAGAGUGCGGGUACUUUCCUGGCCCGCCUGCAGUCCAGACCUGUCUCCCAUUGAAAAUGUGUGAAGCGUAAAAUAGGACAGCGGAGACCCCGGACUGUUGAAGGACUGAAGCUCUACAUAAAACAAGAAUGGGAAAGAAUUCCACUUUCAAAGCUUCAACAAUUAGUUUCCUCAGUUCCCAAACGUUUAUUGAGUGUUGUUAAAAGAAAAGGUGAUGUAACACAGUGGUGAACAUGCCCUUUCCCAACUACUUUGGCACGUGUUGCAGCCAUGAAAUUCUAAGUUAAUUAUUAUUUUAAAAAAAAAAUAAAGUUUAUGAGUUUGAACAUGAAAUAUGUUGUCUUUGUAGCAUAUUCAACUGAAUACGGCUUGAAAAGGAUUUGCAAAUCAUUGUAUUCUGUUUAUAUUUACAUCUAACACAACUUCCCAACUCAUAUGGAAACAGGGUUUGUAUAUUAGUCUGAAAAAUGUGUUUAAAAUGCUAGCCUGCUAACUUUAAUAAGCAUCAAGUACCAAAAUAUGACUAUAGUGUGCACACACACAAAAUUAGCUAAAAAAUAAAAAAAUAAUAACAACAUGCUUACAGGUAUCUUUUGUCAAGUAACAAAAUAUCUGGCGCUAUCAUUGGCAAAAUUUUUUAAUAAAUCCAUGCAUGCUGAUGUUAGAAUGCUAACAAUCGUACAGCGGGUCCUUAAAAAGCUAGCUAGGGGCCCCAAAUGGCCCCCGUGCCGUAUUAUGGACGACUAAGGUUGAGAUGCGAGCGGGUGGUUUACCUGGGUCAUGUUUUAGUUUGACGUUAAUAUCAAAUAUAAAAUAGAAUAGCAGGGUAAGAAAAUAAAAUACAUCUUACAUAUGUCUGAACAAAGCAAGAUAACCUUGAAAAAUGUGGAUCCACUCUUAGAAGAGGAAAGCGUAUGUCGUUAUUGGCUUUUGAAAAAAAACUUUUCACGAGAAGCGUCAUCUCGGCCCUGCGAUGAGGUGGCGACUUGUCCAGGGUGUACCCGGCCUUCCGCCCGAUUGUAGCUGAGAUAGGCGCCGGUGACCUCAAAAAAGGGAAUAAGCGGUAGGAAAUGGAUGGAAGAAGCGUCAUCAUUUUAUGGUAAUCAUGCGUACGUUUUAUAAAGUAAAAUGAAUGACUUUGCGUUUAAGUCAUAACGUAAAAUAUAGAAUAGAUAUUAAAAAAAAGACACACAGAUUGUUUGAUUGAUUGAUUGAUUGAAACUUUUAUUAGUAGAUUGCAUACAUUCCGUACAAUUGACCACUAAAUGCUAACACCCGAAUCAAUCAAUCAAUCAAUCAAUCAAUCAAUGUUUAUUUAUAUAGCCCCAAAUCACAAAUGUCUCAAAGGACUGCACAAAUCAUUACGACUACAACAUCCUCGGACGAAUCCACAAAAGGGCAAGGAAAACUCACACCCAGUGGGCAGGGAGAAUUCACAUCCAGUGGGACGCCAGUGACAAUGCUGACUAUGAGAAACCUUGGAGAGGACCUCAGAUGUGGGCAACCCCCCCCUCUAGGGGACCGAAAGCAAUGGAUGUGGAGCGGGUCUAACAUGAUACUGUGAAAGUUCAAUCCAUAGUGGCUCCAACACAGCCGCGAGAGUUCAGUUCAAAGCGGAUCCAAGACAGCAGCGAGAGUCCCGUCCACAGGAAACCAUCCCAAGCGGAGGCACAGAUGUCCCCAACCGAUACAGGCGAGCGGUCCAUCCUGGGUCUCGACUCUGGACAGCCAGCACUUCAUCCAUGGUCAUCGGACCGGACCCCCUCCACAAGGGAGGGGGGGACAUAGGAGAAAGAAAAGAAGUGGCAGAUCAACUGGUCUAAAAGGGAGGUCUAUUUAAAGGCUAGAGUAUACAGACGAGUUUUAAGGUGAGACUUAAAUGCUUCUACUGAAUAAGUUUUUCAACUUGUUUAAGUCGGGGUCCACCUUAUUCAAUUCUUGGUAUAAAUAAUAGUCAGAAAAUAAUAAUAGUCAGAAAAUAAAAGUUGUAAUUGUAGAAAGUGUCAAAAUUCCUGCAACUUUCUUUGUCUUCAAAUGGACCUGCCACAUGUCUUAAUUAUUGAUUUGAAAAAAGCAUUUAUAUUUAUUUCCUUUCCAUCUGGAAUUUGAAAUUAUUACUUUUUUUAAGGCAACAUUUUGGAUUUAUUUCUCAUGUUAUUUCAACUUAGCGAGUCCAUGUGUCAUAUUUGGGAUGUUUACAUUCCGCACACUUGCUCUCCUCCAGUAUUGUGAUGUUAUAUAAGUAUUUAUUAUGUGUAACAUCUGUAUAAUCCAGCGCUUUUUAAUCAUCACGCGUCUACCUCAUUGUGAUAAUAUUAAUAUUCAUGAUCUUUUGUGAUCUGGUGUCUUGCGCAGGGGAGAGAAUAAAAGGCGACAACACGGAGGACAUUCAAGUGACGAGUUGACCUUUGUUUUUGUUUUUGAUGAUGUUGUUGUUGUUGUGGAUUUUGCUGUACCUCAGGGGUGUCCUAACUUUUUCCACUUAGGGCCACAGACUGAAAAAUCAAAGCAAGCGGGGGCCAUUUUGACAUU